AUGUAUUCCUCUGUACGUUCCACAGUCCCUUUUGUUCCAUACUGGCACUAUGAUCGCAUGUUGCCAGCGAAUCGUGAGCCACAUUGUGCUCUAUUGAAGCUGGAGAGCUGGGGCUGGAAAUUCUUCAGCAGGCCAGUGAUGCCCACAGCUUGGAUCACGUCGAUGACUGUGCACAAAGACGAGAGUGGAGGAUAUUGCAAGCCCGGAUCAGGCUACGGCUUCUCUACGAACGAGGUCUGGGUGGCACAUGGCUGUCGCGGCUACAUGAAGAUUUGUGCUUUGAGGGCCACGUGUGUGACCAAGAGCCUGAAGAGCGACAAUUACGCCUACCUCUCUGAGAAAGUGCCCGGAGCCUGCUACGUCUCUUCCAUGGAGGUGAAGAGCAGAGAUAAACCUCCUUGCGUGGCUGGUGUCAACUACGGCUUCACCGGACCAUACGUCUGGGCGAGAGGUGGCUGCCAGGCCAACUUUUCCAUCUGCUACGUUGAGUGA